CUUAAAUGAGGGGGUUGGCUGUUGCAGCUCCUCACUCUCUACAAUCAGCUGCUGUUGACCCUGUCACGGUCCUGCCUGCAGACGGAGGGAAAUCAGCGUCACUUUGACGAAGUCAGUGGAGCGUCUUAUUACCGCACUACAGUCCUUGUUGGCUCUGAACUCACCGACCUGCGGUCAGUGCGAUCGACAACUGAAGAUUUAACAGAAACUUAAACACACCUCGAAGGAUGUCCGGGAUCACUGGGAAUUUAGAUUGCGAGGAAUGUUUCUCUUCUGCACAUGUGGCCAACAGCACAGAUGUGCACUCAGCUGUGGACGAGGAUGACGAACUUCUGAGAUACAUCUGGAGAGAAUACUUACACCCCAAGCAGUAUGAAUGGGUUCUGAUUGUGGCUUACAUCAUCGUGUUCUUCGUCUCACUCAUUGGAAACUCCCUGGUUUGUUUUGCAGUGUGGAAAAACCGUCACAUGCGCACCGUGACCAACUACUUCAUAGUGAAUCUUUCCCUUGCUGAUGUAUUGGUCACCAUCAUCUGCCUGCCUGCCAGUCUUGUUGUAGACAUCACGGAGACGUGGUUCUUUGGAAAGACUCUUUGCAAAGUUGUCCCUUAUCUGCAGACAAUCUCCGUUUCAGUGUCAGUCUUAACACUGAGCUGCAUUGCCCAGGACCGCUGGUAUGCUAUCUGCCACCCGCUGAUGUUCAAGAGCACAGCCAAGAGGGCUCGCAAAAGUAUUGUUGUGAUCUGGGUUGUGUCGUGCAUUAUCAUGAUCCCUCAGGCUAUUGUGAUGGAGUGCAGCAGUCUGCUACCUGAACUCACAAACAAGACCAGGCUGUUCACAGUGUGCGAUGAACACUGGGGAGCUGAGAUCUACCCAAAGGUGUAUCAUACCUGUUUCUUCAUUGUCACCUACUUCGCGCCAUUAUGCCUCAUGGUCCUUGCCUAUAUUCAGAUUUGUCACAAGCUGUGGUGUCAACAGAUUCCUGGAAGCACAUCAGUGUUGCAGAGGAAGUGGAGGUCCAUCCAGUGUUCGGCUCCGACUGCAGGGCAAGGAGAGUCCGUGAGGGUUCAGACCAGCACAGUCUGUGCAGAGAUCAAACAAGUCAGAGCCCGACGUAAGACAGCGCGCAUGCUGAUGGUGGUGCUCUUUGUUUUCGCUCUGUGCUACCUGCCAAUCAGCGUGCUCAAUGUCAUGAAAAGAGUCUUUGGGACUUUCAAGAAGAUAAACGACAGGGAAACAGUGUAUGCAUGGUUCACGUUCUCACAUUGGCUCAUAUACGCCAACAGUGCAGCAAAUCCUAUCAUCUACAAUUUCCUGAGCGGGAAGUUCCGGGAGGAGUUCAAAUCAGCCUUUUCUUGCCAUUGUUAUGGCCAGGAUCCAAAUCGAACAACAAGAAUAAGGAAGAGAACGAGCACAGACAGCCGAAAAUCCCUGUCAACUCAAGUUAACAACGUGGACAACCUGUCGCGCAUAUCGGAUCAUAUUGUGUAGUCUUAUAAUUCAGAUGGGGAGCGCUUACAGCCAACUCAGGCUUCAAAGGACACGAUUAUCAUUAAGGUAGACAUGUGAGAGAUGUAAAAACCUGAUUAAAAACACAGCUUGUGCUAGAAAAGAAUCGGAAUUAUCGUUUUAUGUAGUCAGUUUCAUAAGGACACUCAUGAAACCGUGAGCUCAAGAAAAGUGACAACAGUUUCCUGAAGACUUUCUUUUUUGUUUUACAAUCUCUUGUAAUUCACAGAAACUGUCUAUUUAUUACAAAAUAGGAUGUCUAGUAUUUAUUAUCACAUGUCACAUGCGUUUUAUGAUGCACAGCUAGAUGAAAUAACUUAAAUUGGAUUUUCAGUGAUUGUAAAUUGUUUUGAAUGUAUCAUUUUAUUUUUGGUCCGGUGACCAGAGUCAGUAUUGUACAUUAUCACAGGUGACAGAAAGUGUUUAUUUGUUUGUUUGUUUUAAGAGUUUUUACAACAGUAAGAGAGCAGGUGCUACAGAAAAUAAUCCAAUGCUUGGUAAUUUGUGAUUAUGUGCAUUAAGUGUAUGUAAAUGACGGCAGGUCAGGUUAUGAACAGCCAUCAAACUGCUGAAUAUUCAGUGGAAUUUCUGCAUGAAUGUGUCCUGGUGGACCUCAUUAAAACACCUCUUUCUUUCAGUCGACUCAAACAUCAUCUGGCAUCACAUCAGCAAAAUGACCAUGUAUAUCACUGGAGCAAAAUUGGAUUUUAAACAGCAUGAGCACAUGGAAUAGUAACCUUUAAAAUGUGAAAUCCAGAAACGGGAAUGUUUGGAGUCUGCAUGUGUGCCUGUGUGGGUUUUUUCUCUGGAUGCUCUAUUGGCAUUUAACUGCAGAUUCUAUAUUGGCUGUGAGUGUGAAUUGUUGUCUGUCUCUCUGCCCUGUGAUGGACUAGCGACUUUCGCGGGUGCAGCCACCUCUCACCCAGUGUCAGCUGAGACGGUCGGUUCACUGUCAUUCAACGCAUUCACAAUUGGAAGCUGCUCAGUAGAAAGUCUUAUCUGAUAUUGUGCAGCUCCUCUAGACCUGUCUUGGAGUCAAAGCCCUUGCUAAGAGGCAUCUCUGUGAAGCAUCUAAAUGAGGCAGCUUCAAACACUGCUCCUGCACGCUCGCCACCAAACACACAACACAUCAAAUAUUCACUAAGUGAAGGAAUACAAAUGUGAAUAAAAGUUCUUCAAAUGCAACCAACAAAAAACAAGCAUUAAUCAUCAUUGUAAUCAGUUGAAGAGAUAAGGCCAAUGUUAAACACUUUGCUUCAAUGCAAAGGGACAAAAAUAAUGGAAAUGGAGAUUUGUCACCAAAUCAAGCUCAUCAAACUGAAAUAACAAUCAGGAAAAAGCAAAAGUCACAUGAAACACGAAAACAAAUAAUGCCAUUUCCCAGUGACAGAAAACAAAGAUGGGGAAAGGAUUCUCAAUAGGUCAGCGUGAUUUGUCAUCAGUGAAUCGUGGCCUGACUGGUGUUGAUUGUGAUUGGGCACCAAUCUGCUUGUUAAGCUUUGUCGGAAUUAUUAUAUUUCGGGUCUUUGUGGAUGACACUUGAUAUGUAGCUGCCGGUAGCUUUGAUAUUCAUGCAUAUUUAAAGAAAUAAAAAAUAAAUCUCACACUAACAUGAUUGUGGGAGCAAGGAAGAGCAUGUACUUGACUUUAUGACAGCACUGCUUUGAUUCUCAGCCUGACUGUGCACUUCCACAUUGUUAUUACCCCCAGUGGUAGUACAAUGCACAUUUGCUCUUAUUUCCUGACUACUGUUUAGACAUCUCUCCAUCCAUCCGUUAUCUUUACACCGCUUAAUCCUCAUUAGGGUAGCCGACUUAGGACAAAGGGGGCAGGUCACCAGUGUAUCACAGGGCUAACAGAGAGACAGACAAACUCAUAAUUUAACCCCAGCAUGUUUUUAGACUGUGGGAGGAAGCUGGAGUACCUGGAGAAAACCCACGCAUGCACAUGGAGAACAUGCAAACUCCAUGCAGAAAGAUCCCAGGCCCAGGCCAGUACGUGAGCCAGGGAUCUUUGACCUGUGACAGUGCUAACCACUACGCCACUGCGCAGUCUGUUGCUGCACAGCUUAUGAAAUUAUCUUGAACACUUUUAAACAUCUACAUUUUACUCUCGCCUUUAAAUCUCCUUAAAGCUAUUACAGUAAACCUCUUUUUUCGUAGUUUUUGUUACGUACUUUGUAUAUUGUGACUUUACAUUUUGUCAUGCACUUUUUUGAUUUAUCACCUUGACUUCAUUGUGCAGCACUUUGAUCAAUAUGUGUUGUUUAUAGUCUUGACUUAUCUUGCUCAAUAUACUCUGUUCUGCUCUUUAAGAUGUACUCUCCUGUAUUUAAAUUAAUUUUGCCACAUUUUAAUUGCAAAAGUACAUUUUCGAACUCUGACAGAUACAAAGUUAUUGUUAAGCAUUCUGUAUAAUCAGAAAUAUUGUAUGAAACGGGUAUACUAUAUAUGUUUGAAAAUUAUUAAUGAGGUACGAGUAAGUCAGUUCCAACUAAUACCUAAAUGUAGUUGUAGAAUAUGAAACAAAGAAGGAGCGACUGGGUAUUUUGGCUAUGCCCAUAAGUUGGAGAAAAUUAUUUUUUAAAUCUGCCAUGAUGUUGGAAAAUCAGUUGUUUACAGUGUUGGAAAGCAGCCUUGCAUUCUUACUGCAUACAGUUAUGAACUCUCAAAGAUACAGCUGUAUAAGAAAGUCUCACCAUAAACUCUUCCAUAACCUGAAUAUCAGUCCAUAAAUGUUUUGAACCACAAGUGAUGUCUGCUUACUGUAUUUAUUUCAUUUGUUCUGCACAGAUGUGGUUUGUUUACAGUGGGAGCCCACAAGUUGUGAUGCUCCAAUAAUGUAGAUGGAGUGUUAUGAUUUUUUUUUUUUUUACUUCAUGUCUAUUGUAUGCAUUAAUUUUACCCCUUUUGUCAGUGCUUUGUGGUGUGUUUGGAGCCUUCUCGUUUCCGUAUUUCUAAAAAUUGCUGUAUGUCUUAUAUUUUUAUCUAAAUUGUCUACAAAUAGUGAAUGUUUUUAAAGUUACUGUACUUAUGGCUGACACUAUGACACAACAUGGAGUUUAUGGACUUUUCAAAUGCAGUUAAACAUGAAGUAUUAGUUAUAAUUUACUACACAAAUACAAGUUCAGUGAAUUUCCCUUCACAGUUCGCACGCUGCAUGUGUGCUUAAAAAUACAAUCUGGUUUUCAGGUUGGUCGCUGACCUGUUCUGUGCAAGAAAGGAACGAUGUGUUAACAAUCUAAAUAUACUUGAAAGUUAAAUAUCUUUCUCCAGAAUUGCAAACACCAUCUUUAAAAAUACACAACACGAAAACUAACAAAAUCUUUAUUUAUUUCAAAUACUUAAUGAGGAAACUUGCAAUCAGAUCUUCUUUUUCCCCUUAUAGUGGUAUUUCUGCUUUGAUGUUUUUUAUGACCAGAUCAACAGUUGUCUUUCUAUAAUUUUUUUAAAUUAUUAUUUUUAGCAUGGCCAGCAUGCAAUAAAAAAUAUAGAUGUCAAAGGCUGCAAAAUUCAAAUUAACUUUCUUGUAUCCAUACAGAACCAUAACACAAUACUGUCAUCUCAGGGCACUUCAAAACCAAACAACUUCUCUCCAGCAUGCAAGCCAACAAUUAAACUUGCUUUUGUCACAUUUACUUAUUUGGAAACACGCUGUCUGACUCUCCAGUGUCUACUCCAUCACAUCCCCACUCAGUCAUCUUAUGUGCUCUCAGCUUAAUCUUAUAGAUUGCUUCAUUAGCUCUUUAUCUCGAUGUUUCUGUUCUAGUGAGAUUUGAUUGUGUAUUAAUUAACUGUCAGUUCACUCCUCACAGUGCCUGAUAUCCUGCACAUCUUUUACAAAUAAAGUAUCUGGCUACAGUGUG